AUGGCUGGUGCCUGGGCAGAAAACCUCCUAGCCAAAAUAGUAGGCACGGAAACUCCCAAGGACUUAGGAGCUUGGUCAGACUUGUUGGCCAAAUUUAGAUUGCAAUUCAAGGAGUCCAACAAGAUGGAUAAGGCAUGCAACACCCUUAUGGCAUUCUCUCAAGGAAGAAUGACCAUGGAUGAAUAUUCCAACCAAUUCCUCCUUAUUGCUGCCAAUGCCGAUAUCUCUGAAAAAGAACAAGUACCUUAUUACCAACAAGGACUAGAUCCACAAGUCAUGGAUAAAAUCUACAACAAAGAAACUCUGCCCAAGGAUACUAUCCAAGAUUGGAUUAAUAUAGCUUGCAAAGUAGAUGGACACAUGAGAGCUUGUAGCGCUCAAAAGGCCAUUCUAGCCAAUUCAACCUCCUUUCGAAAAAGUGGAAUGCCAACUGCCAAAAGCAUACCCAUGAUGGCAAGCCACCUGGCCCUUGUUAUCACUGUGGAAAAACAGGGCAUUAGAAUAUUAACUGUCUUUCUUGACAUAAAAGCAUUCAACCACCUUGAGGAAGCUCAAGCAGACUUAUGGGAAAGACAGGGAGAAGAAAUUGUGCAGUUGAUCUGGAAGAUGAAGAUGACACAAGACCUACUCUGGGAAACCAAGCGGGAUUACAUUGAGGAAUGGCAGAGAGGGGUAUUGAUUGCAAUGACCAGCAGCAUCUAG